AGGGAAGCCAUUUUGUUUGGGAGCUUUGCACGGGAAAGCUAGGAUAUUGUGUUUGUUUUUCUCCCCGUUUUGCAGUUACACGUUAUAAGUUUAAGUUAACACUGAAAAUUUAAUCAAGGUCGUUUCUCCGGCUAAAUACGUAGUUUGUUUGGUAAUAACUACGUAAAACACGAAACUUAGAGCAUAAAAUAACCAUUCAUUCCCCGUGUUCGGUUUGACGGCCUUUGAUGGCCGACCGCUCUAGCUGCGUUUUCAUAAAUAGUGUCGUCCGGGGCGCCAUCGCUGUAUGAGUGUUUUAUCGAAGUGUCGUCAGCACUGAUCACUGUCCGACGCACGUUAGGCAAAGAUCGCUAGAUUGUUUUGUAGUAUUUCGCCGACCGCGAUUGCCUGCUAGCUGGUUAGUAUCUUCUGCCGCGCUAGCCAGCCAGUCGCCAGCCGCUUAGUGCGAAGCAGCGCGAGUAAAAUGUCCGAGAUGUACAUCCGCGUGGCCGAGGACGAGAAUGAGGAGCCCAUGGAGAUCCCCUCGGAGGACGACGGCACCGUGCUGCUGUCCACAGUGGCCGCCCAGUUUCCCGGAGCAUGCGGCCUCCGGUACCGCAGCCCCGUUUCUCAGUGUAUGAGGGGUGUCCGUCUGGUCGAAGGCAUUUUGCACGCCCCUGAGAACGACUGGGGCAACUUGGUGUAUGUCGUCAACUACCCGAAAGACAACAAAAGGAAAAUGGAAGAGAUAGAUGCCGCCUCAGCAGUGAAGAUAAAGCGUGGUGUGCAGAAGACGUCAGAUCUGAUCGUUUUGGGUCUGCCGUGGAAAACGUCCGAGCAGGACCUUAAAGACUACUUCAGCACCUUUGGAGAAGUUAUCAUGGUGCAGGUGAAGAGAGACGCAAAGACUGGAAACUCCAAAGGCUUUGGCUUCGUGCGCUUCACAGAUUACGAGACUCAGGUCAAAGUCAUGUCCCAGCGGCACAUGAUCGACGGAAGAUGGUGUGACUGUAAGCUCCCCAACUCCAAGCAAGGCCCCGACGAGCCGAUGAGGAGCAGGAAGGUGUUCGUCGGCCGCUGCACCGAGGACAUGACCGCUGACGAUCUCCGGCAGUUCUUCAUGCAGUACGGGGAGGUCACCGACGUCUUCAUCCCGAAGCCCUUCCGGGCUUUCGCCUUCGUCACGUUCGCGGAUGACCAAGUGGCCCAGUCCCUGUGUGGGGAGGACCUGAUCAUCAAAGGGGUCAGCGUACACAUCUCCAACGCCGAGCCUAAGCACAACAAUAGUAGGCAAAUGAUGGAUCGGGGGGGGCGCUUCGGGGCCGGGGGGUUCGGGGGGCAGGGUUUCGGUGGCCGCGGGGGCCUGGGCAAUAGCGGCGGUAUGGGGAGCGGCAGCGGCGGCGGCGUGAACUUUGGGGCGCUGAGCCUGAACCCGGCCAUGAUGGCGGCUGCGCAGGCGGCUCUGCAGAGCAGCUGGGGGGUGAUGGGGAUGCUGGCCAGCCAGCAGGGUCAGUCUGCCGCCUCGGGGGGCGCCGCCCCCACCAGCCAGGGCUCCGGCGCCGCACGCGAGCAGAGCCAGGCCUUCGGCUCCGGGGGCGGGGCUAGCUACGGCGCCGGCUCAGCCGGGCUGUCCUGGGGGGCGGCGUCCAACUCGGGCUCCGCCGGCAGCGGGGGCUUCAACUCCAGCUUUGGCUCCAGCCUAGAGUCCAAGUCGUCUGGGUGGGCACUGUAGGCGGGUCGGGCAGCAGGCACGGGGCGUCUCCAUACUUUGGUAAGUAUUUCGGAAGAAAUUUGUUCCUUGCAGUCAUGCCUAAUUUGUAUCUAAUCUGUAUUUAAAGUAUAUUUUUCUUCAUUUUUGGAAAAGACAUGAAUAUGUGAACACGAGUUAAUCUACACAAGAUUUCUGUAUAGAGUGGUUGAAGUGUCUUUCUUUUGUGUGCGGGGUGUAGAUCCCUGUCGCUUGUUUUUGUUCAUAAUCAGGUUCUGUACGCGUGCACCUCAAAGGGUGCUGAUUGAGAAAUGUGUGUGAUCGCCGGUCAUGGCCGACCUGCCCCACAAAGCCGCUCUCGCUACUGGUUUAACUGGGAUUGGGAGACAAGCCUGGGUUGGAUUUUUUUUUUGUAUGGCAUUUGUUUGCAGUUUUUCUACUUUUUUUUUUUUUUCUUUUUACGGAAAAGCCUUCAUUAAAAUCUCUUCUGCAGUUCACCACCUCUUUUCCAAUUUCCCGGGAAGAAGCCCGGCCUUGGCAGCCUUGUUCCAGCGGUCUCAGUAUCAGUGCCCCUCGUCUCAUGUCUAAAUGCUUUGCCAUCAAAGAACACAGCUUCACUCCGCAUUCUCUAUGCUGGACGGUGGGUGUUGCCCUUUUUAUCCACUUUUUUUCAUGGGGGGAGAGAGGAAAAAAGUCUGCACUGUAUCGCAAAGUUGCGCUUUUGAAGAGAGUGGAGAUUGAGGAUGGAUUGUUGGUGGGCCCGGAGUGAGAGACUUGAGUUUGAGCGAACGGAGAGAGGAAGAAAUGAAAGCUCGUGUGGAAAGGACUGCUUGUGCGUUCGGAAAGCGGCGUGACAUGCGAGAGGUGGGACGAACCUGUGCCUUUGGUGAGCGAGUGUGAACGCAAGCGGCAUUUGCCAGUACGAGUGUCUUUUUCAGUUGCUUUUUUGUUUUUUUCCUUCUUCCCUGUAAGACUAUGAUAAAGGACAUUUUUUCCUCUUCCUAAUACUAUACCAUCAUUAAAAUAGCAAGAAAAGUAGUGGAAUGUUUAGUGUUAUGAAUUUGUACCAUUAUUCUCUAUAUGACCUGAUUGUGUCUGCUUUGUUCUCCCUGUUCAUUGACCCUGUUGGUGUGCAAAUGUGCUUUGAUGCUGGUGGUGUCUGUUGAGGACACUAGAGGGCGCUAGUGCGGUGUGUGCGCGCCAGUGCAAGUGAACUUUGUGUGGCUUGGUGUGU